AUGAACCAGCAUCGUGGUGGUAAAACUUGUCAGGUUAGUCUUAUACUGAAACCAAUUGAUUAUGGUCUAAAAUUAGCAGUCAGUUAUGACUUAAUUAUUAUAAUAUCAUCAUCAAGAUUUCGUGAGAAAUAUGUAGGAUGUAUUAGUCACAGAAUACAAAUAACCGAUAAAAAAUUUUGUCAAGAUGAUGUUUUUUAUCCAAUAGCAUGUUCCUCUUCAUCAUCAUCAUUUUUCGUUGAUGAUAAAUUACUUCAUAAUGAAUUAGAAAGAACUAGUGUAACAUCAACAACAGCAACGAGUCAAUUUUUAUGUAUUGAUCAUCAUUCUCAUUGUCAUUCAUUUGUUAAUGAUUUAUAUUUAAUUGAUACAAAUAACUUUUGCUACUAUCCAUCAAGUUCAUUUAUUGAUCCUUUACUAUCUAUUGAAGAUUUACGUGCACAUCUUGCUUCAGUUUAUAUUUUAAUAACUGGUUCUUCUUUAACAGAAAUUAACAAUGAAGAUGAAUCAUCAUUUCAACAUGAAACAAGUAUUAAAGAAGUUUUAAUUGACUUAAAUGAACAACAUUGUUCAGCAAUAUUAUGA